AUGUUUGUUGAAGAACAUGUUGCAAGGUUUCUGCACAUCAUAGGUAACGAUAUGAGAAACACCAUGGUCUCUUUCAUGUAUGGACACGCUAAAUCUAUAACAAGUAGGUGCUUCCAUAGAGUUCUUCGUGCGGUUGUAGCAUUAGAAAGUUACUACAUUCAACAACCUAAAGGUGAUGUUGUCUCGAAAGAAAUUCAAGAGAAAAAUAGAUUUUAUCCCUACUUCAAGAAUUGUGUAGGGGCAAUUGAUGGGACACAUGUUCAUUUAACGUACGUUUUAACCGGGUGGGAGGGUACUGCCUCUGACUCAAGGAUAAUGAAAGAUGCACUUAAAAGAGACGAUAAGCUACUAAUUCCUAAGGGACGAUAUUAUUUGGUAGACGCCUGUUUGCCUCAUACCCUUGAACUAAUGACAUCAUAUAGAGAACGGGCAUUUGGUGUUCUAAAAAGAAGGUUCCCAAUCGUUAGAAGUACACUGGAACCUUUUUACUCGUGUGACACACAAUCGGACAUUUUUGUGGCAUGUUGCAUCUUACAAAAUUUUUUACUCGCCGAAGACCGUGACAAAAAACUUGAAUAUGAAGUCUUACAAGAGGUGUUGGAUGAACAACCACAACAAGUGAGACAUGAUGUUAAUAACGAACGCGUGUAUAGUAACGAAGCUGAGGAAUUGAGGAACGCUAUUACAACUCAAAUAUGGGAUGAUUACUCGUUGAAACCAAACAAUGAAAUGGAUAUGUCUAAUUAG